AUGGACGGGCAAGAGAGCAUCACGUCCUCUCAGGUCCUCGGUGACGGCACGCCCAAAACGCCAUGGAAUGCCAAGUCCAAAGGUUUGAGGGACAUCCUACUGAAGCCACCGGAUUUGCGCACUGAAGUGGAAAUUGAAGAGGCUCGGUCUUUGCUGCGAUUGAGAGGCUGCAAGAUCCGCCCCUCGUCUGGGAUCAUCUGGAUCAUGGUCCGGUGA